AUGUCGCAUAGGCGAAACUCUAACGGCGCGGAAGCGGCCGCAGAACAUGCUUCCAACCCGCAAGCCCGGGCCGCGAGCUCUAUCCUGGGUGGCUCCGGCGAGGAGAAGGAGGGGAGGGCGCCGACGGGCAGGGAGACGAGAUCGACAACGCCGUCGCCGUCCAACUCGGACUGCGAAUCAAACCCGGCCAAGGGGCGGGGCGGGAUCGUCAACUGGGUUGUGCGGACGCUCACCUGGACGCCGAGGAGGCUUCGAUACGAUGCCGAGAACCCUCCGGAGUUCACACUCGCGCUGAACUUCAUGUUUGCGGUGGCGGCGACGUUUACCGUGGCCAACCUCUAUUAUAACCAACCGGUGUUGAACAGGAUCGCCGAGACGUUCGACGUCAGCUUCGAAAGGGCGUCGUCGGUGGCGACGCUGAUGCAGGCCGGGUAUGCGGCGGGGCUGCUGUUCAUCUGCCCGCUGGGCGACAUGGUGCGGCGGCGGCCGUUCAUCUUGGGCCUCAUCUGGGUGACGGCCAUGCUGUGGCUCGGGCUCUGCGUGACGAACUCCUUCGCCGCCUUCCUCGCCCUCUCCUUCAUGGUCGGCGCGACGACUGUGACGCCGCAGCUCAUGCUCCCGCUCGUCGCGGACAUGGCGCCGGCGCACCGGAAGGCCAGCUCACUCUCCAUCACGACGUCGGGGCUGAUGCUCGGCAUGCUCAUCGCGCGUCUGUUGUCGGGCAUCGUGGCCAACUACACGUCGUGGCGCAACAUCUACUGGAUCGGCUUCGGAGCGCAGUACGUCAUCCUCGUGCUGCUCUUCUUCUUCCUGCCCGACUACCCGUCCAAGAACCCGGACGGACUGAACUACUUGCGCGCGCUGUGGACGAUUGUGACGAUGCUGUUCACGGAGCCGGUCCUCGUGCAAGCGUGCCUGAUUGGCUUCUUCAUCAGCGCCAUCUUCACGUCGUUCUGGACAACGUUGACGUUCUUGCUGGCGUCGCCGCCGUACGAGUACCCGUCUGUCACGAUCGGGUUGUUCUCGCUCAUCGGCAUCGCAGCCAUCUGCGGCGGGCCGGUGUACGGACGGCUUGUCAUGGACAGGUACGUGCCGUUCCUGUCGUCCGUGGUGGGCCAGGUCGCCAUCCUCGCCGGAUGCAUCGUCGGCGCGUUCACGGGCGAAUUCACGGUCGCGGGACCGGUAAUCCAGGCAAUCUGUAUCGACAUGGGCAUACAGACUGCGCAGACUGCCAAUAGGACGUCCAUUUACACCAUCAACGCAAAGGCAAGGAAUCGUGUCAACACGGCAUACAUGGUUUGCGUGUUCUGCGGGCAAUUGACAGGCACGGCGGUGGGGAAUCGGUUAUAUGCGCAGGGCGGGUGGAAGUACAGUGGAGGCGCCUCGAUCGGCUUCAUCGGGCUGUCCUUGACCCUCACAAUGCUCAAGGGCCCAAGGGAGAAGAGGUGGAUCGGAUGGAGCGGCGGUUUCAAGCUGCGCAGGGACGAGGUCCUGAAGAAGGCGGAGCCUGCGUCGCCAGAAGACGGACAGGAGGCGGGGAAGUCGGAAGAGGAGCGAACCGGGGAGGAGAAGACGGAGGCCGGGGCCAGUGAGGAAAUUCGGCGGUGA